GAGGAGGCCGAGCCAAGUGGAGCUGACAGAGUUUAGUGAGACUCCCCGCAUGACCUUGCUGCUGAGCGCCGAGCACAAACAAAACACCGUCCAGGGGAAAUAUGACAAGCCCAAGUUUAGCAGCGAUGCCCGCAUUACCCAGACCGGGAUUCACGCUGUCCAAAGAGCACUUUGUUGUUGCGUUGCCGGUUGCGGUGGUAGCAGCCGUCGGAGGUUUCCUGGUCAGCCAUUACCUGAGCGGGCGCAGCUGUAAAAAGGGCCUGGUGAACACGACCAUCAGUAAAGAUAGCCCCAAAGUGGUCCACAGCUUCGACAUGGAGGACAUCGGCACCAAGGCUGUGUACUGCCGCUGCUGGAAGUCAAAGAAGUUCCCUUUCUGCGACGGAGCCCACGCCAAGCACAACGAUGAAACCGGGGACAACGUGGGACCGCUCAUCAUCAAACAGAAGGACGCUUGAGCCACCCGGUCCGGGAACCUCAACCCUCCCCCACUUCUCUUGUGUGCCCCCCCCCCCGCUCAUCCAAUCAUUUACUGCCAUCCCCCACAGUUACGGUUUGCCGCUGUCGUAAUCACAUCAAACGAUUCUUCAUAGCCCAGAACGAAAACCCAGACAGCGCUGACAAUUUUGCGAAUUUAGAUUUCACGCCGAUGUGACUUUGAGAUCAAAGGUCAUCUGAGGAGGGAUAAGGAAGGGACUUUGACAAUCGGCAGUUUGCUUUUUCACCAACUCGAUGCGAAGAGUUUAGAUCAAAUUCUCACCGGACCUAAUAGAAGCAAAAUAAUUCACCAUGCAGGCCUUUUACCUGUGUGUGUGUCCCCCCCCCCUCCCCCUCCCCUCCUUCUUGACUCCCACGGUUGUGGAGCAGGUGGUUGAACCGUGAUUACUGGCACCUUGUUGCCUCAGCCGGCCCAAUAUUUAAAUUGGAAUUAAGCGAAGGCCUUGUAUUUAAAUCUACAUCCUACGCCCCAGAUUCUUACAACAACCCAUAUGAAUGUCACGUGUUUUGAUUUUUGCACUAAGAGCUACUUAGGCAGAAGAAACAAAAACAGAAGCUUUGUUUUUUUUCUUUCAAUGAAAUAAUACUCUCCAAAACUAGGACGCCAUGAAAGACUAUCUUGCUGUUCGUAACCAGUAGCUGUCUGCUAUCAGAGGAAACUUGUAUUUAAUCUGUUCAAAAACAAUGCAUACGAAUGAUAUAUUUUGCUUUUUUCUCAAAGUUACAUUUGUUUUCUACUGGCUGCGGUGUGUCUGACUCAUUGUUCUGUACAUUGUUUAAUUAAACUUAAGUGUUCUGAUC